AUGGCGAUUGGAGAUAUCGCAGACGAACACUUCACAUACGAGGCACGGCUCGCAUCGUUCCUCACCCCGCAGCCGCUGUCAAAACGAAGAGCUUCGAACGCGAGUACAAAAGGCGGAAAGUCCGUGAAAUGGCCUCACAGAUUUCUCUCGGGCGCCGAGCUUGCCAAAGCCGGUUUCUUCUUCCACCCGCUACCUUCCAACCCCGAUAAUGUCGUUUGCUUCCUCUGCCAUAAAGCCCUAGAUGGAUGGGAGGAGGGCGAUGAUCCAUUGGCGGAACACUUAAAGCAUUCGUCGGACUGUGGGUGGGCGAUUCUUGCUGCUGUUGAGAAGCAGGUCGCGGAUUUUGGCCUAGAACACCCUUCAAGCUCCAGGAUGAUUGAGGCGCGGCAAGCUACGUUUGCAGAUAAAUGGCCGCACGAGAGCAAGAAGGGCUGGAAGUGCAAGGUCCAGCAGAUGGUGGACGCGGGGUGGAAGUAUACUCCCACACCAGAAUACGACGAUAUGGCAACUUGCGUGUAUUGUGCUCUUGCUCUAGAUGGAUGGGAAAACUCAGACAAGCCAAUGGAUGAGCAUUUAAAGCGAUCAUCGGAUUGCCCUUUCUUCUCUCUGGUCAAUAAACGCGUAAAAAGUCCAGCUCCAAAACGAGCCAAGUCGAAGAAAGAAAGAGCAUCUAAAGCCUCAAGAUUAUCUACUCAAUCGGCAUUCACAGUUGCUUCCGAGGCACCAGAAGACCUCCCGGCAGAGGAGGAGGACAGCAUCUUAACGACAGCUACGAAUGCAACUAUGAAAAGGAUGGGACAGGCCAAGAAAGUUCCAGCUGCAAAGGGAAGGAAGACGAGGACUAAGAAGGGCGAACCUGUCGAAGUUGAGCCCGAGCCCGAGGAUGAUAGCGUCGAAAUGGACGAAGCGCCCAAACCAACUCGAGGGAGAAAGCGAAAGAGUGAGGAACGACAAUUAGACGAAGCCCCGGGCAUCGAUACGGUACCACCGCCAGCGAAGAGACGCGUUACAAGAACAAGAGGGAGCACUGUCCUCGAAGAUUCGAUGAUCAGUGUUGAUGAAGAGCCUCAAAAUAAACCCAAGGGGCGAAAGGGGAGACCUUCUCGCAAGGGUUCAACUGCAUCUGUUGCACCGACGAGAGCACCAAUGUCUAUUCCAGACGAUGAAGAAAUCGACCGGGCUCUCGAAGCUGAUCUUGAGCGACAAGUAACAGAGGAUGAGGGAGAUCUUGUGGCGAUGGCUCCUGUAAAGAAACCAAGGGCCAGCAGAGCCACCACUAGAGCGCACUCGAUGUUCGAUGCAGCCCCAAUAGAUAUUGACGAGGCUACUAUCGACGCUGAACUUGAAGCAAUGGAAGUCAGCCCCAGACCUCUUCCCAAGGCGAAGGGCGCCAAAGGGAAACAGCCUCGAAAGGUUUCUGCCAAACAACGAGCUGCAGACAGAAAAGCGGCUGAUGAUGCGGCUGAAGCAGAACGUCGAGCCCAGGAGGAAGCCGAGGAAGCAUCCCAGCAGAUUUCAGCCGAGCUCGAAGAUAGUAUUUCGAUGCAGCGUUCCUCCCCAGUCGUCGAACAGAAGAAACAGCAACCCACUGCUCUUCAAGCACCGAAGAAAGCUUCUGGGAGAGUCACGAGGGGAUCUGUCACGUCCAAUGUCUCUAUGCCGGAGGAUUCGAUAGACGACCAUGUAGACGGAUCUGAAAAUGACACCGAUGCUAGUGUGGCUAGUCAAUCUACUGUUGUUCGAGGAGGCCCGACCAAACGUGGUAGCACGAUAAGAAAGGGCAGAGGUGGUAUAGGUGGUAGAAAAGGGCUAAGCAGAAACAUCGAGGAGAUCGUCCGUAAAGUGCAAGAGCCCGAAGAGUCCAUCCCUUCGACAAGAAACAAGCGGAUAACUCACAUGAAGAAGGUCAGCGUGGUUGAGGAGACCUACUACUCUCCGGCCCCAGAAUUACAGGUUGAUGAGCUAGAGCCAGCUGAAGAUGAGCCCGCUACCAAGAUUUUGAAGGCGAAACCAGCAAAGGGAAAAGGCCGGCCUCGCAAAAUAUCAAUCGAAGAACCGGAGGCUGAGGCGGAAAUCGAGGACUCUAUCCUUGAAGAACCUGUUUAUCGCGAGCCCACCCCAACUAAAGCUUCAUCUCCGAUGCGGUCUCCCACACCACCACCCAAUGAGAUGACACCGUCGCAAUCACCCCAAUCCUCAGAUGCCGAGAACCACCCUCCCUCCUCGAAGCCUUCUGCCCUUGCCCCAAGGACCACUACUCCGAACAAUGCAAGACCACGCAUGCCUCUAUCCGAAACAACUCCCAUGAUGUCGCCCUCCAAACGCAAUAUUAUUGCAGGCCUCCAAAGCAAGCAGCCAUGGACCUCCGUCGACCUUGAGACCAUCUUUAUGAAGUCACCCAGCGCGGAGAAGCCAGUGACUGACAUCUUCGGCGGCGCCGUGCAGAAGAUCAAGGAUGGGGAGCUGACGAGCCCCGAGAAGAAGAUGACCGUGGAGGAGUGGAUCCAGCACAAUGCUGCCACGGCAGAAGAAAAGCUGAGAAGUGAGUGUGAGAGGAUGGUCGGUCUAUUCGAAAGCGAGGGGACCAGAGCCAUGCGAGCUUUGGAAGGCGUUGAGUGCUUGGAAUAG